GGAAGCAUCGGAAUUUGACAACUGUGGGUGGCUUCCAAUUGGCCGAACUUCUGUUGAUUUUUGACAAAUUCUUGAACCACUGUUGUAAACCACGAAGUGUACAUCAAAACUGCACCACCAACAUCCAUGACUUCCGCUCUGAACGAUUUUGUCUAUGCUUCUUUCCUCAUUCCGAUCUUCUUCACCAUCGAAUGCACCAGAUACAUUCUCUACGUCUCCGACAGAACGCCUGGCAGCGGUCCAUUGCGCUUGGUCGUCUUACUGCUCAACAUCCUCGCGGUUGGCCCACUCCAAGUGAUUUUUGGAUGGGUGCUAAUGGUCGUAUGGUUCCCUGUGCGAGCUCUUCUGUGGUUCAUGGGUAUAGGAAGGGGUGCGCCGAAGAAAGGCUCGGCGGCUGCAACAGCGCGAUUCUAUGAACUCAAGAAGAGACGAGCUCAGAACAGGCGAGGGGAAAGUUGAUCAGGAGGACUUGAGGUAUUAUCAUAUGAUUUUCUUGGGUUGUAUGUACUUCUAGAAGUGUAUUGUUUCUUGCACUAGUACUGUUGUUGUUUUAUGAUUGCUGCCGUCGUUUUAUUAUAUAUUUAUGCUCUCCUUCGAGCCUCCGAAGUGC